UCCUGCUGGCGUCUCUGCUCCGGCGAUGAUCCGCGCCAGCCAGACCUGCACUUGUUUUAACACCGAGGUGGAAAUCAAGACAGAACAAGAAUCUCGUUCUGCAUCGUCGAUCAAGCCGAAGCUGAAGUUGGCUGCACUUUGACAGUGUGGAGGCUGCAGAUGGACAGACGCCUCGGACAGACAUGUGCGAGGUUCCUGCAGCAGGAAACUAAACCCAGCAACCUGACACUCAACUGAAACCCGAAGCCUCGAUCAGGCUUUGACGCCACCAUGCUCCCUCGUUGUGUGUGAAUGGAGGCGAUGGAGAGCUCGUCCUCGUCCGUCAGGCGUCGGGCCUGGAUCAACAGCAGUCGACAGUGGCCGACUGUGGAGGAACCCGAAAGACUGCAGCACAUCUCACCCGCCUCCAUAGCAGACGACGAUGUCUUUUCUGAUGGAUGCUUCACAGGAAAGAUUGAGGACUGGCUCCUUGGUUGCGGCCCGGACGUCUGCUCAGAGAACAGGAGUCAGCUCAGUUUUGAUUCUACCCCGGACAACUCUGCCGAUGACUUGACUCUUGGAGCUGAUGCUUCUGUUUUAAGCGGCGGAGCAAUUGCGCCUGAAAGCAGCCCGGCACGACAGCCUUCCUUCAAAAAACAACCCAGCAGUCUCCCCACCAGUACCCCUCGUCAAAGAUUAUGUUUGCCGUCGCUGAACUUGGGCCACAGCAUGGCCUCCAGCUGCUUCUCCUCUUCCACCUGGAAAACCAUGUCAAGCGUGUCAGAGAUUCUGCAGCUGUGUGCGGAGGACGUGGAGGAGACUCUUUACCAGCUGGGGUUUGGCUGUGAGGAGCCACAGGUCACCGUGCGUAUCCCCCCUCGCUUCUUCACCUUUCCCUCUCAGGCCCAGGGCAUCAACUUCCGCCUCUUCCUGGACUCACAGAUACGGCGGAUACGAGAGGAAGACCCCAGCCUCUCUCUUGCCAGCCGGUUCAGACAGGUCCAAGUCCUCACAGCUAUGGCCAACGCUUUCUACUCUCUCUACUCCCACGUGUCCCGCACUCCUCUCCAGAAACUGUCCACGCCAGAGUUCAGCUUCUCCUCUCCUGUGGAGCGGAUCGAACGCUUCAGGACCAGCAUUCGCAGCGAGCCGCGCUCUCCGGUGGAAAGACUGAAGGACACGGUCAACAAGAUGUGUCUGUACGCCGGCUCUCCCCACGGCUCGGACUCCACCUCGCCACAGCCCUCGCCCCUCAAGAGAUCCAGUCUCAACGAAGUCGUGGACGUAGUCCUGAAAACCAAGACUGGCACGGCCAAGAAACUGGACUUGGGGGAAGAUGAUAAGAAUAAUUGGAGUGUGGAUGUUGGACCGGUUGCUGAUACUGGGAUAAAAGCACUAACACAGGAGACACAAAGGGACACAGAUAUUGCUCAGAAUGGAAAUAAAUUUUGCCAUAAGGAGAUACGGGACAACGAACAAACAGAUAAUGCUGAUGAUGGUGAAAACGGUGUCGGACAAGAAGAUCUUGACACCGUAAGAACAUCUCUAGCGUCAUCUUUAUCAGGAGAAACUGUGAUAGAAACAGAACAUUUGUUGCCUUCAUGUGAGCCGGAGCUGCGAUCGUGUUUGAAACAAACGGAAACAAGGACAGCUGAGCUCAAUCCAGUCGUCAAGGUUACAUAUGAUCUAAUCUGUCCACAGAUAGUGGAGAGAGUGCACAAGACGCAUUUCUGUUAUCAAAAAGCACACAAUACAGACAGUUUAUUUCAUACGGCGUCUGUGAGAGAAGCAAUCCCUGAAUUACACGAACCCUGUAUAGACACCGUGACCUCUGAGCCCGAGGGGAACUCACACACGGUCGAUACCUCCUCAUCGGGAUCUCUCCCCGUCCUGAAGCCUGACGGCAGCUACGCCCAUUACAGCAUCACCGUGACGGGUUGGGAAGGGGAGGAUGGGUCUUUGUCUUCCAUGAAAACAUCAGAUUCCAGUUCUGCUUCACCUUCCUCGUCCACGCCGACGUGUAAGGAGCCGUUCACCGACGUGGAGAGACAGUACCUCACUCCGGUGACACACCCGGGCCUGGGCCACCUCUCCAGUAACCCCAAGCAGGUUAACUCCUUUGAGCUGGAGGAGGUUCACAGUGCAGGAGAGGAAGACUUUGGGCAACAGAGAACAACGGGAACACUCACAUCACCCAAGUCCAAGAAACGCCAAUACAAAUGUGAAGUGGCUCGGGGAGACAGCAUGCAGUCUGACAGCAGCGGCUACGCAGAUGAAGAAGUCACGCCCUAACCACAGACGGAGCAGAUAAGGGAAGGAUGAUAGGACCAAUGCUUGCAACAUUGUGCAUCUGAACAGUUUCCUGCCCCUGAACACUUGAGCUCGGUCAUCUAAGCAUUUGAGACAUGGAUCAAGCGCUGGCUUUUACUCCCAUCUUCAAGUGGUUGAAAUGUCUUAAGACGUGAGCAGAAUUUCAUGAAGAAGUAAAAGUUCUGAUUGAAACACAGUGUGGACUGUAUUGUAAUAGAGCAGUAAUUUAAUAAGGUGAAACUUAACAACAAUAAAACGGAAAGCUACAAAUUCUAUUGUA